AUGCAAACACAGUUAUCCUCGGUCGUGGAUGUCGGCAGGGUUUCAUACCUCAACCCAACUGGGUAUGUCGAUCUGGCCAACCGCACCCUGAACGGGCGGCUGGAUUCGGUGGCUGGCAAGGUUGCAGGUCUGCUGGACAACGGCAACGAUACUUCCAGUUUCUUUUUUCAGAGCCUCGCCGAAAUUCUGGAAACCGAUUACGGCGUGGCCAAAGUCGUUUUGCAAACCAAAUUUACUUCGACUCGGCCGGCCGAACCGAACAUCAUCAGCCAGAUGGGAGCGGAGUCGGACUUCCUCAUCGCCGGCGUAGCGCUUUGAGGGUCCUGUACGUCGGGCAGUGU